AUGGUUGAACCAAUGUUUGCUUCCCAAUCUGAGCACAUUGCAGAACCCAAGGCAAUUGAUGAAACUUCUGUUAUGCAAGUGGAACUGGCAACUAGUACAGGGGAUGAAUGUGCAGCAGAGGGUGACAUUGUUGUUUCAUCUGAAACUGUUGUGGAAUCGGAGCCUGUUCAAGAAACUGUUGUUCCUAGUCAAGGGGGUAGCAUAGAAACUAACACUACUUCUACCAUCAGUGAAGUAAACAAAGAUACUGAGUCUUGUGCAUCUGGUGAAGUAUGCAAAGAUGCUCAGUCUCAUGGUGGUGAAUCUUACACUGAACUGCAAUUGGCCCCUUCCUCUGGUGAGGAGGCCAUGAUAUUGUGUAGUGAGCAGCCCAGCCAGGGGGUGGAGGAGGCUCCAAGCAGUGACCCUUUGGGGAAUAAUGAAAAUGUGAAAACGGAAAAUGAAGCUUCUGCUCAAGGACCAGUAAAUGAGGAAUCUGCUCCUCGUGCUGAAAAUGCAAAGACUGAUGAAGCUGACACAGAACAGCAACUGCCUCCAUCUGCUGAGGCCAUGGUAGACGUAUCUAGCGAGCUACUCAGCCAAGACGAAAAGGUGGCUCCAAGCACUGGCCCUUUAGGAAAUGAUGAAGAUGCACAGCUGGAAGAGGCUGCUGCUGCACAGAGAGAGCUAAGCACUGAAGUUGCUCAUGGUAGUGAAAAUGCGAAGGCCGGGACAGGCCGGGACAGGGGCAUCGAUGCGCGAAGGCCGGGACAGGCAUGGGAGGUCCAACACAGAGGAAAGGAAGGGCCUUGGGCAGGGGGUUGCUCACUAGGGCUCGUGAAGAUGUCGUCCGGGUCGCGGUUCACGGCGAGCUGGGACGCGGCCGGGACGGCGCAGCGCGAGGGCGUCGCGCGGCGAGGUGGUUCCGGCGGUCGACGUCGAGGCGGCUUCAUGCGGUCCAGGGGCUUCGGCUCGCCGUCGGUGGCGUGGAUCAGGCGGGGCGCCGGAGCUGGCGGCGCGCGGGCGGGGCGCGUGUGCGGGGCGUUCUUGGGCUGGAAUAGGGUGUUGGGCUGA